CCAGCUAGUCGAAGUAUAAGUCCUGAUUCCGGAAACCGGACUUCUAUAGAGAGUAUAUUCUUCGGCAGUAGCUUUGCCUCGUUCAUUUCGUUUCUUUGCGGAGAACGUUCUGUUACAUUCUAGCGUCAUCCACGUUUCGUGUCACCACGACUUAAAAAAUGCGUUACGUGGCCGCUUAUCUGUUGGCUGUCCUUGGUGGCAAUGCCUCACCUUCCCAAGAUGCCAUUGAGAAGAUCCUCUCCUCGGUAGGAAUUGAGUCUGAUGCUGAGAGAGUAAAAAAAAUCAUUGCCGAGCUCAAUGGAAAGUCCAUCGAGGAUUUGAUUGCUCAGGGACGUGAGAAGCUCUCCUCCAUGCCAGUUGGAGGUGGUGCUGCUGCACCUGCUGCUGCUGCUGCCGCCGCUGGUGGAGCUGCUCCAGCUGCUGAGGAGAAGAAAGAAGACAAGAAGGCCGCCAAAGAAGAAUCUGAAUCUGAGGAUGAUGACAUGGGCUUCGGUCUCUUUGACUAAACAAUUACCUGACAGCAAAAAAAAAAACCGGACUAUUCGCCAGUAAAAUUGCAACCAGUGGAUCUCCCAAAUAGAUUGUACAUUGUUGCAUUUGCUGCUGAUGAAUAAGAGAUUUUUUUACGACAA